AUGCGGGAGGGCGAGGCGAUGCAGGUGCCGGACCUGGUGCGGCGACGCGGGAGGAGCCGGACCCGGCAGCCGACUGGAGCGGAGGCGAGGUGCAGCCGGCGCGCGUGGAGAAGUCGGCACGGGGGCGGAGAACCCGGCCGCCGUCUUACGGAAGUGGAGCCAGCCGGACGGGUCGAGGCACGAGCCGGAGCCGGCCGCGGCAAGCCGGCGAGGGGCUCCCGACCGCGGGUCGGCGCACGGGAGAGCGAGGCCGGCGCGGGGCUCUGCAGCGGCGCGGGAGCCGGCAGUCGGUUGGGCGCGGAGGCCGUGUGCGAAGGAGGAGGCGGCGCCGCGACGCGGAUACGGGCCGGCAGACGGGCGCAGCCAGAGGUGACGCGACGGUGGGGACCGGCCAGCCAGCAGCCGGUGCGCGCGCAGCCGCGGGAGCCGGAGCGCGGCGCGUGGGGACGAAUGCGCCCGGGCAGCUGUCCGCAGCCGAGCGCGCGCGAGGAGGCCCCAAGCAGCGUCCGCGCAACGCAGCGGGGGUUGGGGCGAGCGGCCCGGCGCGGCCUGGAGCGCGCAGCCGCGCAGCAGGGGCCCAGCGCGCGAGAGGGCAACGGCGCAGGCGGCCCGGCCACGAGCGGACCCGAGGGCGGCCACGGUGGGGAGCCGCGGAGCAGAGGCGCAUUAGCGACGCAGUCCGGCUCGGGCGAAGAAGAGCAGAGGCCGCUCCUGCGCGUGCAUCUGGCGAGGGACAGGAGCGAGCAGAGGGGCCAUGCCCCGUCGGGAAGCCGUGGUGCGGGCCUGCGCAGCAGUAGCAGUUGGCGGCACGGAGGCGAGCCGGGACGGUAG